GGGGCCGUAGGCGGGGCGGGCGGCGGCGGCGGCGGCGGCGGCGGGGCCAGGACCCAGACAUCUGGGACUGUUGUUGUUCUCUCGCGGCGCGACCGCCUCAGUCACUUCGCCCAGAGACCCGGACCUGGUCCGCUGGGGAGCAGGCGGCCAUAAACCCCCUCUCUCCCGGUUCCCUGACGCCGCGGCAGGAGCUGUUACAAACACCCUGCGGUUGGUCUCCGAUGCCCUUCAGUGAGGUGGGGACGCCUGGACCCUGGUGAGCGAACCCCAAGCCACCCCCCACCCCAACUCAGUGUCUUCGCCGGCCCCCGGCCCGUACACCUGUCUGGUCGCCAUGGCUGAAAACACAGAGGGGGAUCUGAACUCCAACCUGCUCCACGCCCCCUACCACACCGGGGACCCUCAGCUGGACACGGCCAUCGGGCAGUGGCUCCGCUGGGAUAAGAAUCCCAAAACAAAAGAGCAGAUUGAAAACCUGUUACGGAAUGGGAUGAACAAGGAGCUGCGAGAUCGUCUUUGUUGCCGAAUGACUUUUGGGACUGCAGGACUUCGUUCUGCCAUGGGGGCAGGGUUUUGCUAUAUUAAUGACCUUACAGUAAUACAGUCAACACAGGGGAUGUACAAAUACCUUGAGAGAUGUUUCUCAGACUUCAAGCAGAGAGGCUUUGUGGUUGGGUAUGACACUCGGGGUCAAGUAACUAGCAGCUGCAGCAGCCAGAGGCUUGCUAAACUCACUGCUGCAGUCUUGCUGGCCAAAGAUGUUCCUGUGUACCUUUUUUCAAGAUAUGUUCCUACACCUUUUGUACCAUAUGCAGUUCAGAAGCUCAAAGCAGUUGCAGGUGUGAUGAUUACUGCCUCUCACAACCGCAAGGAAGACAAUGGAUACAAGGUUUACUGGGAAACUGGUGCUCAGAUCACGUCUCCUCAUGAUAAAGAAAUUCUAAAAUGUAUAGAAGAAUGUGUGGAACCCUGGAAUGGUUCCUGGAAUGAUAAUUUAGUGGAUACCAGCCCGCUGAAGAGAGACCCUCUGCAGGACAUUUGCAGGAGAUACAUGGAAGAUCUGAAAAAGAUCUGUUUUUACAGGGAGUUAAACUCGAAGACCACCUUGAAAUUUGUGCACACAUCUUUUCAUGGGGUCGGACAUGACUAUGUGCAGUUGGCUUUUAAAGUGUUUGGUUUUAAGCCUCCAAUUCCAGUACCAGAACAAAAAGAUCCUGAUCCAGACUUUUCUACCGUUAAAUGUCCAAAUCCUGAAGAAGGAGAAUCUGUGCUGGAACUUUCCCUGAGACUGGCAGAGAAAGAAAAUGCCCGGGUAGUGCUAGCCACAGAUCCUGAUGCAGACAGACUGGCAGCAGCAGAACUUCAGGAGAAUGGUUGUUGGAAAGUUUUCACAGGGAAUGAGUUGGCAGCUUUGUUUGGAUGGUGGAUGUUUGAUUGCUGGAAGAAAAAUAAAUCAAGAAAUGCUGAUGUGAAGAACGUUUAUAUGUUAGCCACCACAGUCUCUUCUAAAAUUUUGAAGGCAAUUGCACUUAAAGAAGGAUUUCAUUUUGAAGAAACAUUACCAGGUUUUAAAUGGAUUGGAAGUAGGAUAAUAGACCUCCUGGAAAAUGGGAAAGAAGUCCUUUUUGCAUUUGAAGAGUCUAUUGGUUUUCUCUGUGGAACUUCAGUUUUGGAUAAAGAUGGGGUGAGUGCAGCUGUUGUGGUUGCUGAGAUGGCAUCUUACCUGGAAACCAUGAAUAUAACAUUGAAACAGCAACUGGUUAAGGUUUAUGAAACAUAUGGUUAUCAUAUUUCAAAAACUUCCUAUUUCUUGUGUUAUGAACCACCUACCAUCAAAAGUAUAUUUGAAAGGCUUCGUAAUUUUGAUUCUCCAAAAGAAUAUCCAAAAUCUUGUGGAACAUUUGCUAUAUUGCAUGUACGGGACAUUACCACUGGAUAUGACAGUAGCCAGCCUAAUAAGAAAUCAGUGCUGCCUGUGAGUAAAAACAGCCAAAUGAUUACAUUUACUUUUCAAAAUGGCUGUGUUGCUACUCUUCGGACAAGCGGAACAGAACCAAAGAUAAAGUAUUAUGCAGAGAUGUGUGCGUCACCUGACCAGAGUGACACUGCUUUACUGGAGGAAGAACUGAAGAAACUCAUUGAUGCUCUGAUUGAGAAUUUUCUUCAGCCUAGUAAGAAUGGACUGAUCUGGCGUUCUGUUUAGGGGUACACCAAUACGUCAUGACACUGUGUGGGCAUAUGGAACAGAGCAACCGAGAACUGCAUACAUUGAACCUUGUGUUAGCAUUCUCUCUCUAUCUCAUCUGGCCGAGUAUCUUUUUCCUUUUAUUUUCUUUCUUUUUGGUCAACUGGCUAGACUAAACAAAGUAUAAGUUUGAAAUGAAAUGGUCUAGAGGGAAAUGAUUCAAAUUUUUUCAUAAUUCAAACAAAAGUUAUUACACUAAAAGUAUUAUAGUAACGUAUUGUCCUUCCAUUAACAGAAACAUCACAAUUCAAAAGUGAGUUUUCUUAUUAUAGUGUGAUUAAGCCUAGUUCUGUAUCUUGUAAUUGUGUAUAGCAUGGUAAAAGAAAAAAAAAAAGACAGGUAAAUGUUAUAUAAUUAUAGGGUUAGUUAAGGAAAUUAGUCCAUAAAAUUGGCAAGAAAAUGGUACUUUCCUUGAUUGUUAUGAAAAAGUGUCAUUGUGACAUCACAGGUAUUAAUUUACAAAUUAGAGUAUUUGAAAUAGGAUAUUUAGCAUUUCUGUAGUUUAGAACAGAUGUUACAGUGUGUGGUUUUGGCAUGUCUGUUUCAGGUGCCCUUGGUGCAGUAUAAAUUUACUGUAUGUAUUUAAAAUUCUGAUGUUUACUGAACAUAAAACAAUAGUGGCAACACUCCUAUUGGCUUUGUUCUUAUCAAAUUUCUCAGUGCCUUCUCAGGGUCUGGUAUGAACAGAAAAAACAGUGUUCCUGCAUUUACCAUAAUUUAAUCAGUCAAUUUUCAGAUAGCUAAGGAAAAUCUUCCAAAAUCUGUAGGUGCUUCCUCUAUAUCAAGUGAGUUUGCUGAUUUUAAAAUCUUAGGAAUAUAAAUAAAGAUCUUAAUAAAA